AUGACUAGCCAUGAGACGAAUUUGGCGAGCGGAGGUAAAGGCCACCAAAGGGCUCUACAGCACAGAAGAGAUAGCUCAAUGAAUCAAAGAGCUCAAACAAUCACAAACUUGGCGGACCAUUUGCAUGAAACCGUGAUAAAUGCCAGUCGCUUUCCGCACUGCCAGCUACUACCAUCCGAGAUGCUAACUCAACUAACAGGAGGCUUGGAGACUAAUAGUUCCCUGAAACUACAGUACCUGUGA